CGGCCAGACAGUCGCUCUGACAGACGUGAGAUAGCGUGAUAUGUGAUGAUGCAUGCUGCUUUUUUCUCUUCGUCAUUGAUUGUCCCUGCGAGCCUUGGAACGACUGCUGUAGCAUAUCAGUGUGAAGCUUAUGACUCACACACCAUGUUUGUCUGUCUAUCUGCCCGUUUGUCUGUUUGUCUGUCUUCUGUUGUGCAUGUACAUACAUACAUACAUUUUGAGGGCGACUGACUGGCUGUGAAAGACACGAGGCAUUGAAGUGAUCAUCACACGAUGAAAGCGUCUCUUGUGUCAUGCACUGUCUGCCUGUUGGCCUGCCUCGGCGCUGUGUCGGCUCUGCGCCGCCUCGUGCCGUCGGUGUCCAUCCCCACACGAAAGAUCGAGCGUAUUGUCUUCAGCAAGUUCUUGUACUCCGAGGAGAAGAACUGCACGAAGCAGCAAGUGAGUCCCGACAGAGAGCUGAAAUUCAGCUUUGUCAGUCAGGACAUCGCAGGUGAGUGAAUACAGUGGCGAAGAAAGACAUCUGUCGUCCGUCUGAGUGUCUGUUGGUCUGUGUGUCUCCGUGCUGUUUGUGCAGGGUGGCACAGUGGCUACGUGGAGGGCGGCGACAAGGCUGUUUACCAUCUGGGCUCUGAGGACAUGUUCUACAAGAAAGUAAGGGACCAUCGCAUCCAGCUACACAUCCAUACACGCACAAGAACAGACGGUUACUGCACCGUCGAUCUGCUUUGUGCGUGCGCGUGUGUGUGUCUCGUCUGCAGCCCAAGAUCAGCCCCCUCAUGCCUGUGCCACAGAUUGUCUCCGCCGCAUCGCUCCGCAAGGCCAUCAUCCUCCGCAACUUCCAGUGCCCGUCGGCACACGUCUCCGUGGACGUCGCACUCGGCGCGCCGGGUGCCGUCAAGGCGGGAGCCGUCGGGCUUGUGCUGCGAGUGAGCAUCCAUGUGAAGCAAAGCCAAUCGAGACACAUUGUCUGCGUGUGUUGCGCGGCAGGCAUACGACACAGAGAACUUCUUUGUCAUCAUGAUCAACAUCAAUGCUGUAUGUAUGCGGGACUCACAAACGGAAGCAUGUCGGCCGCCACCGGUGUCUGUGUCUCUCUGCAGGUCGAGUUGUAUCAAGUGGUGGACGGCGAGGCGACUGUUCUGGACACCAAGAAGAAGUGGGGCGACGGAAGAGAAGUUCAGCUCCAAGGUCAGGCAGGCAUUCAGAGAGAGAGCGACCCACUUGUUGCUGUGCGGAUGUGUGUAGGCUAUCCCCAGUUCUACCGAUUGGUUCUCGAUGACGACUUAGGCGACGUUACGGUGUCGCUCACGAGCCUCCAGGAGGGCGUGCAACAGGACCUCAACUACACACGACCCCAACAAUCACCCUCGGAACUCGCCAACCCGAAGGUAAGACACAUAGCUCCAGAAGACACGAAAGAUGACCGGUUGUGUCUCGAUCCGUCAGAAUCUCCCUCUGCCUCCGUGUAUCUCUGUCAGGCUCAGGCGAUUGGUCUUGUGACUUCGAAUGGCGGCGGCUCGUUCAAGAAGCUGUCUGUGGAACCGAUCGGUGAAAAACUAUGUACCCAUCUCAUCCAUCCUCAGUCCUUGCUCGGGUUGCAUGUGUGUCGAUGCAUGCAGACUACGAGGCGCUGUUGCCUCCCAAUCCGCCCCAAGUGACGCCUGCGCCCUUCAGCAUUUCUGGCGGCGGCAAACAGGGCCUACACCCAGAGAGUGGCACGGAUUACUGGUAACAGCAGCGCCAACGCAGCAGACUGAAAGUCGAAUGGAAAGACGUUGAUUGGUUGCCUUGUGUGUGUGCAGUCCCCCUGGCGCUCUCUGUGCUCCCGAACCUUACAAAGCCUUCCAUGUCGAUUAAGUGAUCACCAGGACAGUGUCGCGUCACAUACAGACAUGCAGUGACUGAGCAGCAGCCAAUCACCAUUCAAGCGCA